GGACUUCCGGCGUCCUCCACGGCGGUCAUUUUGGCGGCUGUUGGGUCCAUCAACCGCGUCAGAGGCUCCGGAGCUCUGGGUCGGUCCGAGGUAACGGUACCGGCAAGGCGCGAGAGGAGGCAUUGUCCCCACAGCACAGGGUGUGGGCCUGAAGCUCGGCAGCGGAGCCGCCAGCAGUGAUCCGCGUCAGGACCGGGCUGGGGAUACUGGUGCGCGACCCCGGCCCCGCUCUGUCCACAGUUUCCGAUGGCGGCCGCCGCGCUGAUGGACUCGCCUCAGAGUGGUGUGACCUUUGAGGACGUGGCCAUUGACUUCUCCCAGGAGGAAUGGGGGCUCCUUGAUGAGACUCAGAGGAUCCUCUACCGAGAUGUGAUGCUGGAGAACUUUGCAAUCAUAGCCUCCCUAGGCUGUUGGCAUGGAACAGAGGAGGAGGCGGUAUCUUCUGAGCAGAGUGUUUCUGUAGAACGAGUGUCACAGAUCAGUACCCCACAAGCAGGCCGUUUUACCCAGAAGACUCACCCCUGUGACAUGUGCGUCCCAGUCUUGAAAGACAUAUUGCACCUGAAUGAACUCCAGCCAUCGUACUCUGGGCUGAAACCAUGCUUGAGUGAGGCAUGUUUCAGAGGUUUCUGGCUCAGUGCAAACCUUCCCCAGCUCCAGAAGCAUCACAGUAGAGAGAAAUCUUUCAAGAGGGAUGUGGAUGGGACCUCAUUUGUCAAGAGCUGCAAAUUUCAAGGGUCAGGGAAGCCCUUCACCUGUGAGAAGGUUGGGAAGGAUGUCCCAGCAGCCUCAGGCCUUCUCCAGCACCAGGCCUCUCUGAACAGUGAGAAGCUACACAGCAGUACCAAGUGUGGGGAGGCCUUUCACAGCAGAAAGACACGCUAUAAGUGGGGUGAAUGUGAGAAAGAUUUUAGCUACAAACGCACGCUUAUUCACCACCAAAGCGUCUGCACUGGAGAGGGGCUUUGUGAGGGUAGUAAAUGUGGAAAAAACAACAGCUGCAAUUACAGGCUUGUUCAACAUCAAAAAGUUCACACUGGAGAAAGGUCAUAUGAGUGUGGUGAAUGUGGAAUAUUCUUUAGCCAAAUCUCCGAUCUCCAUCAACACCAGAGAGUUCACACAGGAGAAAAGCUUUAUGAGUAUGGAAAAUGUGAGAAAUCUUUUACCUACAACUCCAGUCUCAUAAAACACCAGAGAGUGCACACUGGAGAAAGACCGUAUAAGUGCAGUGAAUGUGAGAAAUGCUUUAGCCAAAGUUCCAGCCUCAUUCAACAUUGGAGAGUUCACACAGGAGCAAAGCCUUUUGAGUGUGGCAAAUGUGGGAAAUCCUUUAGCCACAUCUCUACCCUCAUUCACCACAGGAGAGUUCACACUGGAGAAAAGCCUUAUAAGUGCAGUGAAUGUGGGAAAUUAUUUGGCAGAAGCUCUCAUCUUAUUGUACACAAAAGAAUUCACACUGGAGAAAUGCCUUAUGAAUGUAGCGAAUGUGGGAAGUCUUUUAGGCAAAGCUCUGGCCUCAAUCAACACCGGAGAGUUCACACUGGAGAAAGGCCUUACAAGUGCAGUGAGUGUGAAAAAUCCUUUAGCCGCAAGUCUGACCUCAUUAAACACCGGAGAGUUCACACGGGAGCAAGGCCUUAUGAGUGUGAUGAAUGUGGAAAAUCCUUUAGGCAAAGCUCUGGCCUUAUUCAACACUGGAGAGUUCACACUGGAGAAAGGCCGUAUGAGUGUGAUGAAUGUGGGAAAUCUUUUAGCCGCAAAUCCGACCUCAUUCAACAUCAGAGAAUUCAUACUGGAGAAAGGCCUUAGAUGUGCAGGGAAUGUGCUGGGUGCUUGGUCAGUAUAAUGACACUGGAGGAGAGCCUUUCUAGGGGAGUCAUCGACCUGAAUUCAACCUCCUAAGUCCAAACAUCCACAGUGGGGAGAUUCCGCAUAAGUUUCCAGUAUGGGGGAGGCUUUAAGGAGCUGGGCUGCACUUUCUAACCUGCCUAGGGCUCUUGCCAGAUUUUCAUCAUUGUCAGCUUCUACAAGCGAUGUCACCUCUGUCCCCUGGCAGUGCCCACAGCCUGCAUCAUUCGCCACCCCAACAUGCACAGGGAAGCAGAACUCUGUGUCCACCUAUUAGCUGGAGGAAAUCCUGAGAGGCCUGAGCCCUUAGGGUGUCCUCAUUCCCUUCUGUCUGAAAAGUUAGGGCAUGGACCUGACCCAGAUUUAACCCAAUAUCAGUUGUGUCGGUGGCUUGCAGAAAAGGACUACCUCUUUCAGGGACACUGUUAGGCUCAAGUUGUGUUUGUGAUGAACUUUUGUAGCCUCUUGGUCACCAACCUAGGAACCACCUGCUACACAGUACUCUGGUUUGUGCAAUAAUAAAGGACUUUUGUUUAAGUGCCUUUUAUCUUGGGGGGCGGGGGUCUAUUCACUGAGGGCUUAGAAAGCAGAACUUGGCUUUACAAGCAUGAAGGGUGAAUAACUUUCGUGGGGAUCCCAAACUUUGUGUGCCUCAGAGGGGAUGAAAUUAUGGCAGAAAAUGGCUUUCCAGCUUGGGCCUGGUUUGUACAUUGCCCAGGGUCUCCUAGGAAGGACUGUAGGGCUUUGUGGUCUUGAUUUGUGGCUUGGAUGCCAGGAUUUCUUGUGCGCUCAGAGGUCAUCCUGAGGAGGGGCCACUCCCGUGCUUCUUGGGAAAAACAUGAAUUUUUCAUAUCACAUUAUGCCCAGCACUGUUGAGGGACUCUUCCCUAGGUCCUCUAAAGGAGGUAUGAGCCCUGAUGUCCAGAAUCCAGUAGGUGGGUAUUGCUGGUUAUAGGACCCUAGGAGCCAGAGGAACCAUAGUUGGUUACAGCAACACUGGGUUAAUAGGGAGUGGUGGAGACUGCAGCAAAUUAAAGGGAAUGAGCCUCUUCUAAAAGUGCUUUGACUAGUGUUCCAGUAACCAUGCCUGUGUGGGAUCGGUGUGUACACACAUUCUGUGUUCCUCCAGAGCUGUAUGUCUUAACGUAGCUGAGGUCAUAAGACAGGGAACAGAGGGGCCCCCAAAUCUGCAAUUCACAUAAACUAACAGGAAGUGGGCCAGGGUGCACAAAGGCAUUCCCUGGAACAAUGGGGCAGGGUAUUAGAAAACAGCCCGGAAACUUCCUUAAGGUUGUCUUUCAGAAGCAGUUGGGUAAAACCAGCCCCAGGGGCGUGCGCAGAACAUCCACCUGUGACUGCUAUGUGACCUUCCACCAGGGGUAGUGAGAGGCUACAGGCACAGCUGGGGAAUUGCACUUGGGGAAUGAGAGACUGUGCUGGCGUAACACCCCAUAGUAAGUCCUGCUAUGAAUCCCAGAGCCUCUGGGACAGGAACCAUCUUAGAAAGCUGCUGCACACGCACUAUUAACAUAUCCCCACCUAUGCCUAUGAAUACACAUGAGUCUUCCCACCCAAAAACUUAAAAACUGGGCAAGUCUUUUGUUCUGUGAGAUAGGGGUAAGUGUAGCUUAGGCCCUCCCUGUCUCGGCUUGCAAGCCUCUUCAAUAAAGCUUUUUGUGUGUGGAAAACUCUUCGUGCCUUAACUGCUCAUUCUUGGCCAGUGAGAGGCAAGAACCUUAUUCAAUUCCAGCAACAGUCAUUGUCAGAAAAUAAAGGUUUUGUGGAUUCCUGUGACUUCUGGGUGUUCACCUCAGGGCUAUUGCUGCUCAGGCAGGAAAACAAGGACAGAGAGAAUGCAGAUCCUGUUGUCCGGGCAUGUGAUAUUUAUGACCCAGCUGCAUUCCUGUUGGGAGGAAAUGGCCUUCAUUGCUCGCUAAUUUUGCUGCCACUGAGACAAAGCUACCUUCCGAGGGCUUGAAGAGCGUGAUGGUGGAGUCAACUUAGGCUUGCUAAACCUGAUUUUCAGGAGUGGAAGAUCUAAAUUUUUAUUUUGAACCAUUUUUUAAACCUUUAUUAAAGUAUAAUCGUCUUGCAAUAAACUCCACAUAUUUAAAGUGUACAAUUUGGUAAGUAUUGACAUACAUAUAUACCCAUGAAACUACCCUAAUCAUGAUAAUGAGUAUAUCCGUCUCACACAUAUUCACCUCACGCCCCUAUAAUCUCUCCAGGCUCUUUAGGUGCUCCAGGCAACCAAUGAUUUACCUUACAAUAGUUUAGUUUGCAUUUUGAAGAAUUUUACAUGAAAGUGUUCACUUAAUUUUUUUCUGGUCUCCUCCAAGCUGAAAAACUAUUUUGAUAUUCAUCAGUGGUGCUUAAAAAAAAAAAAAGUUUAUAUGAGUAAAAUCAAACCAAACCCACUGCUGUUGAGCGAUUCUGACUCAUAGCGACCCUAUAGCACAGAGUAGAACUGCCCGAUAGAGUUUCCAAGGAGCGCCUGGCAGAUUCAAACUGCCGACUUCUUGGUUAGCAGCUGUAGCACUUAACUGCUACACCACCAGGGUUUCCGCUUAUAUGAGUAGUUCAUUUAAUUACAGAGUGGCAUUGUCUUCUGUCUAUACCAGUAUUUGUUUAUCCCUAAUCUGUUUGUGGACAUACGGGCUAUUUCCAGAUUUUGGCUAUUGCAGAUAAAGGUGCUAUGAACAUUUAUAUACAACUUUUUACAUGGAGAUAUGUUUCAUUUCUCUUGAGUUAAUAAGUCAGAGUAUAAUGCCUAAGUCAGGCUGGAGGAAUGUUUUAACUAUUAAGGAACUGCCAAACUGAUUUAAAAUGGUUGUUCUCUUUUACGUUCCUACUAGCAGUUUAUGAGAUUUCUACUUUCUCCACAUUUUUGCCAAUAUAGCUUUUUAAAUUUUAUUCCUUUUAAUAAAUGUGUACUGGUAUCUCAUUAUGGUUUAAAUUGCAUUUCCCUAAUGAUUCAUGAUGUUGAGUAUUUUUUUCAUGUGUUUAUUUGCUACCUGUACAUUUUAUUUGGUAAAAGACUACUUCAUAUCUUCUGCUUAUUUCUUUAAUGAGUUUUGACUCUUUCCCUUUUCAUUAACAAAUAAGAUAGUGAAACAACAAUGACGUGUUGGAAUUUUUGGAAUAAUUGUUCAGAACUUGAAUAUUUCCUCAUUUUUUACUCAACUUUUUUGGUGCUAUGCAUAAUACAAUAGCCAAAUACACCACACACUUGUAAGUAUAAUCUGUAUCGUUUAACAUAACCUCCAUCACUUCCUUAAGCCUACACAUUGAAUAAUGCAAUAAAUCAAGCAUGGGUUUUUAGUAUUUGCCAGUUUCUGUGCUGUAAAUACUCCCACCAUUGCCAAAUUCAAAUUGCCAGCACAAUGUCAUUUAAUGUGGAGUUGGGAAGAGUUGCCAGUAGCACACACCACCUCAAGAACAUAGA